AUGUACAACUCCCUCAUCUUUCUUACUCGACAGCAAUUAGAUCUUCCUGAAUAUGCGGCCAGCUUCCUCAAUUACAAGGCUCUUAAAAAGCUCAUUAAGCAGCUCAGUGCAACGCCGACCAUCGAGGCUCAAGGCGGUUCUGCGACCGAAGAUAUUCAAGCAGCCCUGCGAGCCAACAAAGAAGUUUUCUUCUUUCGAUUAGAGCGAGAAAUAGAGAAGGUGAACGUCUUUUAUCUGCAGAAGGAAGCAGAGUUUUCACUGCGUCUGAAAACAUUGCUCGACAAAAAGCGUGUCAUUCAGGCUAGAAUCGCUGCAAAUUCGAGGCUUUCUGCUAGCUUUGUCACACUAGUUGAGGGAUUCCAACAAUUUGACAAUGACUUGAACAAACUCCAGCAAUUUGUCGAGGUAAAUGAAACUGCAAUUUCAAAAAUUCUCAAAAAGUGGGACAAGACAUCCAAGUCCCGGACCAAGGAAAUUUACCUCCAAAGGGCUGUUGAGAUCCAACCAUGCUUCAAUCGAGACGUGCUUCGAGACCUUUCAGAUAAAGCAACCACUGCUAGGCUUGACCUCGAGGCUUGGGCUGAAGGCGAGAACAUACAAUAUGAGGUAUCUAAGCCCCAAGACCGGAUGAUUGGCCAACGCGUUGGAACAGAGGAGAGCGAUAUCGAUUUGCAAAUAUUGCAAGCUUCUGCUGCCGGUAACGUUGCUGCUCUUCGUGAGUGGAUCUCUCGAUUAAGCACCGCACCGAAUGCAAGUGAGCGGUUCACGCGAAUAUUCCUGGCCACAAUCAGCGAGGCCCCCGAUGACGCUUUACGCGUAUUCCUCGACUCUGGCUUGAUUGACAUACAUGCUGAAGACGACAUCAACGAAAGGAAUUGCUUACAUGAGGCGGCUAUCUAUGGCAAGGAUAGUGUACUGGACUAUGGUCUCGCACAUGGUGUUGAUCUUACGAGAGUCGAUGUCUAUGGUCGGGUUCCAUUGCACUAUGCCUGUCUCAGAGGGCGACUGGCAAUGGUUGAAAAGCUACUCACAGCUGGUCCAAGCACCAUCGAUCUGAAAGAUCACGAUAAUUUCACCCCUCUGAUUCACAGCAUUGUUCGUCAUCGGGUUGAAUGCGUUCGCUUGCUGCUAGCUAGCAAUGUCAGGAUAGACCCGCAAUCUGAGGGGGACCAUAUACCGUUGAACCUGGCAUGCCAGCAUGAGUCAAUCGAGGUCGCCACCAUGCUGCUCGAAAGAAAUGCAAAACUUUUGCCAGAUGCGGAAGGACUUUUCCCUCAGCAUCUGGUCGCCCGUUCUAGUCACAAAGCUGAUUUGUUGUUGCUUCUCAGACAGCACGGGGCAGACCUCAAUCAAAGGGACAAAUUGUACCAAUGGACGCCACUCUUCCAUGCAGCCAGUGAAGGUCGGGUCGAAUGUUUGCGUGCUCUGUUGGAGAGCGGAGCAGAUCCAGAGGCUUUGGAUGAAAAGGGACUCACAGCAAUGUACUAUGCCACGUGGGAAGGUCACCUCCAGUGCAUGGAGCUGCUAUGGGAGCGCACGAGUUAUCGACGGGCAGAAAGAAAAAUUUCACGUCUAGGCGCUGUUGUCCCUCCCCAUAACCAAAUGAAUGCGAUGGAAAUCACCCCUGAGGAACCUUCCCCGAUAGAAGGCGAUGGCAUACCCGACCUUUCACUACCUCCGCCGAUAAUACCGCUGCGACGAUAUGGACACAACUUUCUCGACACGAAAACUUUUAUCGCCAUCAGUUUUGACGGCGGGGCACGAGCAAUAAGGUUUUUCAACGAGGCAAGAUAUCCUGCUGCUCGGUUAACCAUUUCUUCAAAAAUGUCGGAUCUUAUACCUCGAAAUCUAAUGUUACCCAUUCAAGAGGAUUCAAGGUCAAUAUACUUCCAAGUCGACAACCUGAGCACUUUUGCAGUGGACUUUGAGAUCUUCCCUACCUUCGGCUCGAAGGUGAUUGCAAAGUCCGUUGCCCUUCCCGACGUAUUUCGAGCGACCGACAGCAGCAGCGGCACCUGCUGUCUUCCUUUGUUUGACCCUAGAUUACGAGCGGUCGGUCAAAUACAGUUCAAUUUCCAGGUGAUCAAGCCGUAUAGAGGUACCCCCUUGGAGAUCACACAGUUUGCGACAUAUUGGAAGGCUACCAGCGCCCUUGACGAUCAUUCUGGCUUGGUUACUGGCUCAAGUUUGUCGGGUGACUACCUGAGACUAAUCGUGCAGCUUACCCGCGAUGGAAUUCCCGUCAUUUACCCUUCUUACUUUGUUCCUUACGACAAGCUCCAGAUAUCUCUGUGCCAGUUCAACUUCGAAACCUUGGCUGGAUUAGGAUUGGCUGGCUCGCUUGCCCAAAAGGAUGGGGAGCCAGAUUUCGACAGAACAGAUAUCCUCGAGUGGCAACGCCGCCUGUCCGGGUCAAUUUUCCUCCUGCGCGACGUCUUGAGCUCUAUGCCGCCGCAUAUCAACCUCAACCUGCAUAUCCUGUAUCCAUCUCCCUCGGAAGAUGUAGAUCAAGGAGUAUGCUCUCACAUUGACAUCAACACCUUCAUUGAUGCUCUGUUGACUGAAGUCUUCAACCAUGCUCGAGCGUUACGAAACGCGUCUCCAGACCUGUCGCACUCGCUCGUCUUCUCCUCGCUAAAUCCUAAUAUUUGUACGGCUUUGAACUGGAAACAACCCAAUUUUCCAGUGCUGUUGUGCAACUCGCUUGGCUCCCCAAGUGGUCAUGGUGCCUCGAUCAAAGAGUCUGCUCGAGUUGCGCAGAUGAACAAUUUCAUGGGAUUGACUUGCUCAGCACAACUUCUACGCAUGGUCCCAGCACUGGUCGAGACCAUCAAACAAGCAGGGUUGGUUCUCGUUUCGAAUGCCAUGGGGGAGGAGCCUACACAGACCACAGGUGCCGGUCAAAGUGUGCUUUCGGUGCUGCCUGAGGGCGUUGAUGGUAUGCUGAGACCCAAUGGUGUGUUAAGAUUCAAUGAGGGCAUUGACAUGUAA